AUGCUACCCUCUCAGUUAAAUGGCUCGCCAAAGCGUGCCAAUCCCUUUGGCCGCGCAUCUCCAUCUCCAUCUCCCUCUUCUGCAUCACAGACGAAAACUUCACGGCCAAAGUCAGUGAUUGUGACUUCGCCGAGUAAAUUCGAAGAAGCAAAAGGUCACUUUCGGAACUCGUCCUCUAUUUCCCAGCUAUCCCCAACUCCGCUGGGGCGACAGUCAAGACACCAAAGAUCGAAUUCGCUAAGAAGUAACGCUCCUACGGGAACGUUUGCACCAGAGUUCAUCAAGUCCGAAGAACUUCGGCGAGGAGCAGAUCAAAUUCGAGGAUUGGAAGGUGAUAAUGACUUUUCGGGUAACAAAUACGUCUGGCUGCGUGAUCCUGAAAAGGCUUUCAUCCGUGGGCUUGUUUUAGGAGAAGGCGACAAUGGACGGUUGUUAGUACAAUGCGAUGAUGGCGAGCAACGGGAAGUUGAUGUAGAUCAAGUUGACAAAGUCAACCCGGCGAAAUUCGACAAGGCUGACGAUAUGGCCGAGCUUACGCACCUGAAUGAGGCUUCAGUGGUGCAUAAUCUGCACUCUCGUUAUCAGGCAGAUUUGAUUUAUACAUACUCUGGCCUAUUCCUUGUAACAGUUAAUCCAUAUUGUCCGCUACCGAUCUAUUCCAAUGAAUAUGUGAAGAUGUACAAGGGCCGAAGCAGAGAGGAAACACGGCCGCAUAUCUUUGCCAUGGCCGAUGAGGCGUUUCGCAACUUAGUUGAGGAAGGCCAGAAUCAAAGCAUUCUAGUGACGGGAGAAUCGGGGGCCGGUAAGACAGAAAAUACUAAAAAGGUCAUCCAAUAUCUUGCUGCUGUUGCGACAUCAGACACACCCUACGCUCGCUCGGCAACGAAACAAAUGUCCAGCCUCUCCCAGCAGAUAUUGAGAGCGAACCCAAUUCUUGAGGCAUUUGGUAACGCCCAGACGGUUAGAAACAACAAUUCCUCCCGCUUUGGUAAAUUCAUCCGAAUCGAGUUCUCCCGCUCUGGCCAAAUAUCAGGUGCGAAUAUCGAUUGGUAUCUCCUAGAAAAGUCACGAGUAGUGAAGCCAAACGCACAAGAACGGAACUACCACGUCUUCUAUCAACUGUUGCGAGGUGCGGAUCCAAAGUUGAGAGAAAACCUCCUUUUAUCCAAUCUUCAAAUUGAAGAUUUCGUAUACACCAAAGACGGGAAUGACAGCAUUGUUGGAGUGUCUGAUGAAAACGAAUGGAAUUCAUUGAUUGAGGCAUUUCAUAUCAUGAACUUCUCGGCAGAUGAGCAAAUGUGCAUUCUCCGCACAGUUGCCGCGGUUCUGCAUUUAGGGAAUGUAACCGUUGUCAAGGAGAGCCUGCGCGCUGAUCAAGCUGCUUUGGGCCCUGAUUCUCUUAACAGUAUAGAGAGGGCCUGUCAGUUACUGGGAAUAGAGCCCGAGCCAUUCGUGAAGGGCUUGCUGCAUCCCAGGGUAAAAGCAGGCCGCGAGUGGGUGGAGAAAGUCCAGACACCAGAGCAGGUUAGACUGGCACUCGAUGCCCUUGCCAAAGGAAUUUAUGAGCGUAGCUUUGGAGAUCUCGUCAAUAGGAUCAACAACCAGCUAGACCGCAGCACCGUUACUGCGGACGACAGUUAUUUUAUCGGUGUGCUCGAUAUUGCAGGAUUUGAGAUUUUCGAGAACAACAGCUUCGAGCAACUGUGCAUCAACUACACUAAUGAGAAACUGCAACAAUUCUUCAAUCACCAUAUGUUUGUCUUGGAGCAAGAGGAAUACGCAAGGGAGCAAAUUGAAUGGCAGUUCAUCGAUUUUGGAAAAGACCUGCAACCAACAAUUGAUCUUAUAGAACUGACAAACCCUAUUGGUAUUUUUUCCUGCUUGGAUGAGGACUGUGUAAUGCCAAAAGCCACCGAUAAAUCGUUCACGGAGAAGCUCCACUCUCUCUGGGAUCGAAAAUCUUCAAAAUAUCGGGCCUCUCGACUAAGUCAAGGCUUUGUGCUGACCCACUACGCCUCUGAGGUUGAGUAUAAUACCGACAAAUGGCUUGAGAAGAAUAAAGACCCCCUUAACGAUAAUAUAACUCGCCUUCUGGCGAAUGCGGAACAGAGGCAUAUCGCUAAUCUUUUCUCGGACUGUGGAAUUCCCGACGACGAGUCAGACUAUCCCAAAAGUCGUGUGAAGAAGGGCCUGUUCCGCACAGUAGCACAAAGGCACAAGGAGCAGUUAUCAAGUCUUAUGGCUCAACUGAAUUCAACCCAUCCUCACUUUGUGCGCUGUAUUAUACCGAAUCACAAAAAGCGGUCCAAGAUGCUUAAUGCCCCGUUGGUUCUUGACCAGUUACGAUGCAACGGUGUGCUUGAAGGAAUUCGGAUAGCCCGUACGGGGUUUCCUAAUAGGCUAUCCUUUGCUGAAUUCCGUCAACGGUACGAAGUUCUCUGUCAUAAUAUACCAAAAGCCUACAUGGAUGGUCAAAGUGCUGCUCACAUGAUGCUGCAAAAGCUUGCUUUGGAUCCUGCCUGGUACCGGGUCGGUCGCACGAAGGUGUUCUUCAGAGCUGGUGUCCUGGCUGAAUUGGAAGAGAAGAGAGAUGAACUCAUCCGCUCCAUUAUGACACGUUUCCAGUCACUAGCCCGGGGAUUUGUGCAGCGUCGUAUCUCAAAUAAGCGCUUGUAUCGUGCAGAGGCCACUAGAAUUAUCCAACACAAUUUCCGGACCUAUCUAGAUUUGAAAGCUAGUCCUUGGUGGCGGCUGUACUCAAGAAUGAAGCCCCUGCUCGGAGAGACUAGGAGUGCCAAUGAAGUCAGGAGAAGAGAUGAAAGGAUUCAGCAACUGGAAACCAAGAUGAAGUCGGACCUGGCAGAUCGACAAAGAAUAGACGAGGAGAGGCGGCGCUCGGAGAUAGAAAUGCAAAAAAUCCAACAAACGUUAGAAAGCGAAAGGGCUCUUGCUCUUGAUAAAGAGGAGAUCUUCAAGAGGCUACAACUUCGAGAGGUGGAGUUAAGUGAAAAGUUGGCUGGUGCGAUUGCAGAUCAAGAGAGUCUCGAAGACCAACUGGAUGGCCUCAUAGAGGCAAAGAAGAAAGGGGACGAAGAGCACGAUUUCCGAAUAACGCAGCUAGAGCAGGCCGGUGAAAUUAUACAACGCCUAGAAAGUGAGAAGCAAGAGAUGCAGGCACGCCUUGACGAGAUUGAUCUCACGUUGAUGGAAGCAGAAAAAUCUUCCUCUGAAAAAGAAAACCACAUUAAAGAGCUGGACCAAGAGGCUAAGAUGCUUCAAAGCCAUCUCAGCUUGAAAGACCGUAAACUUCAAGACCUCGAGGCAAAACUGUUAAAGACUGACCAGGAUCUUGAUAUCAAGCUUGCGAGAACCUCGAAAGAAUUGGAUCAGUCAAAGAAGCAGAUCAAAGACCUGGUGGAUGAAAAUCGCACUAUCAGAGAGCAGAUCUCGGAUCUUUCAUCAACUUCUACUGGGUACGAAGAAAUGUUAAGAAGAAAAGAAAGCGAGAUAGCAGUCCUGCGUAAUGACACGAAGAAGUAUGAAGAAGAGAAGCGACAGUUGGAGACAGAAAAGGUAUUGUUGACAACUCGUCAUGACAACAUUCACAAGCGAUUGCGGGAAGUCCAAGCAGAAUCGGACGCUAUGAUGGCUGAAAAAGCUCAACUAGACCGAGAAGUUGCGGAUGUCAAAAAGCUCCUGGAAGAAAAGAUCUCGGAGGAUGCUGAGGCUGUAGAAAGCCGGAAGCUUCUUGAACAGCAAAUUCAGGAUCUCAAAAAUCAAUUAUUCCGCGCACAGGCCGACCUUAGUAGGGAAAGACAGUCGAGAGACGAUGUCCAAAUGCUUGCAGAGCAUAAUCUCGCUGCGUUGCGGGACAAGUACGACUCCUUAAACCACUCAAAAAUUACAAUCGAGAAGGAGAUGUAUAUUCAGCAAGAUACUCUCCGCCGUGCCACCGAGGCUCGACUGUCCGCUGAGCAGUCACGUAAAGAUUUGCAGACAGAGUUGAUAAAGCUUCGUGACCGCUUCACUAAUGUUGAAAAUGCUCGUUUGAAUGCAGAGGCUGAGAUUGAACGGACUAUCACGAACCAAGCCAACCAACGCCUGGACAGUGUCCGAAAAGACCUAGAGGCAAAAACGAGUCAACUGGAGGAAGUGGAAGCCGAAAGAUCUCGCCUUUCAGCCAGAAUUCAGGAGUUGAAUAAUGCGAUCGUAGACUCUGACAACUUCCGAAUCCGCCACGACCAGCAUAAAGAGCGCCUAGAGAGAGAGCUGGUUACCCUCAAGGGCAGGCUUACAGCAUCCGAAAAUGAUAAUAGAGCUUUGCUCACAAAAAUCCAGCAGAAGAACCUCGAUAUUGCCAGGUCUACCUCUAAAGCGAGUGACAACCAACGUCAUCGUGUAACAAUGCUCCAAAAAGAGAAGGCCAAGCUUGAGGAGGAUAACAAAAACUUAGCCCGCCAGCUGGGAGACCUCCAAAUUUCAAUAACAUCUCUGGAGAAACAAAAGGAAAAGCUCUCCUUGAGUUUGGAAGACUUGAAUCAUGAAGUCAAUAGGGAACACAAGGCCAGCCGAAAUGCUGAAAAGGCAGCCUCUACCGCUAAUAUUCAGCUAGCUGAAUCAAACAGGAAUUUAGAGACUGAGCGGCAGCUACGUACUCAAGCUCAAGCAAAUACUCGCAAGCUUCAAAUUUCUCUUGACAACGCAAACAAAGAAAUUGAAGAUCUGCACCGCCAGCUAAUGUUGUUGCACAAGUUUGUUGAGCCUGCAUCAGAGCCAUCUUCGGAGUCAUGGGAGGCUGUUCGUCCUGAUGUGUCAAAGAAGGUGGACCUCGCUCAGCUGCUGGAUACUGUACAAAGUAAAUUGCAAGUCACGGAGGAGAAGUAUAGCAGAGCAGAGGCUCAACUAGCGGAGAUGCGCCGCCGACAUGGCGAUGAAAUGAAGGAACUUGACGCUCGCUAUGCUUCGUCUAAGCGUGCUUUGUUAGAAGAAAUUGAUCAAAAUCAGGUUUCCGGAAACUGCACACCUACUCAUCUGCGAAAGAAUUCUGAAAAUGCCGUCGUGAAGAAAUAUGGUACGCCCACAACGCCUAAUCGGAGAUUCUAUCUGAACGAGACUGCAAAUGACUCUGCGCGGUCUGAUAAGACAGUGGACACUGUGGGAUACCAAAAGCGAAUGGACCUGGCUGCUGAAAUCGAAGAGCUUCAGAACAAGCUCCAGAUGAGUGAAAUGCAAAACAAGCAUCUUGAGAGCCAGCUCCAACACGCCAGCCCCCGUCGAGACAUGUGGCAAGAUGAUAGCCCUUCGAUCAGAAGGAUGCAACUCUUAGAACGUGAGAAUGGCCGCCUACAUGACCAACUUGAUGACUCUGCGAAGAAGGUUUCUGCACUUGAGCGAAGCAUCCAUUCAGGGGAGCUGUCUCUACGCGAUGUUCAGGCAAAGUCUCACGAAGAACUGUACGACCUUAUAAACUCACAGGAGCAGUCCCGAAGAUCACUGCUGAAGGUCCACAACGAGGCUGUCGCUGAGUUUGGCGAUGCUAAAUCCCAAUUUGAAAAGCUCAAACGAGCUAAGGCGUCUGUGGAGGUUGAACUCCGUGAUGCGCGUUCCGAAGUACAAGAAUUGCAGGUGACCAGAGAACAGGAUUCUGUGAGCCGAAACCAACUUCUUCAAGAGUUCUCAGACCUCCAGAUCCGCCUGGAUGCGGAGAGUUCCAAAUCUGCAGACCUUGCCUCAAGCCUGAGCCUAUAUAAGACUCGUGCAGAUGAAUAUUUCAGCAAACUUGAACAAGCAGAGGUUACUGUUCUGAAAGCCACUCGGGCCGAACAGUUUGCCAAAUCUCAAGCUCAAGAGGCAGAGGAUACUUGCGCACAAAUCAUGGCAGAACGCAAACAAAUGGAUUCUCUUGUGGAAGAUCUUCAGCGACAGACGCAAUCUCUGGAGGCGCGAAUGGAAGAUCAGGCUGCUGAACUACAAGCUGCGCUCCAGUCCAAACAACGUCUCCAAAACGAGCUUGAAGACUACAGAAAUCAACGCGCCAUUGACAUAGAGGACAAGGAGACCUCGAUGGAACAGACUAGGCAAAAGUACCAACGAGAAUUUCUGACGCUCAAUAACGAGCUUGAGAUGGAACGGGAACGCGUCCUGAACGUUCGUGGAGAGAACGCUCGUCUCCGAGAAGAAUUGGAAGAUCUCCGUAGCAAAUGGGACAAUGAAGUACUGAAUAGCUCGACAUGGGCUAAGGAGAAGGCACGAAUGGACAUCAUGCUUCAAGAUGUGACGACAUCACGUGAUGAAGCAGUGAAUGCCCACAAUGAGGCCCAGAGUAGAGUCGUGACCCUUCUGUCACAGGUCAGGAGCCUACGGACUUCUGUCGAUGAUAUUACUGCAGAUCGAGAUAUGCUACACAAGGAAAAGAAGAUGCUCGAGGCCAGAUUAACUGAAGCGGGCGAAAGGCUGGAGGAUCUUGCUAAAGGAGAGAGUCCAUCCAUGCGCAAUGCUGCAAGCAUGGAUCGUGAACUGCUAGAGCUCAAAUCCAAGCUUGCUCAGCAGGAGGACGUCUCCGUAGCUGCUGUCGGUAAAAUGAGGCGGGCUGAGGCUUUGGCAACAGAGAUGCAGAAGGAGGUCACCGCAGAAAGGGAAACGAACACGCAGCUGUUCAAGGAUAAGGCUGCACUCGAGAAACAACUGAAGGAGGCCCAACUACGGUGUGUUGAUUUGGAGACUAAGAGCUACUCAUCGGGCAGUCAGGACGUCAGAUUCCUGCACAAGAGAAUCAAGGAGCUUGAAACCCACCUUGAGGAACAAGAAACCAAACACGGCUCGGAACAACGGUCUCUGAGAAAUGUUGACCGCACCGUGAAAGACCUCCAGUCCCAGAUAGACCGGCGAGAAAAGAUGAAUACCCAACUCAAUGAUGACCUCAACAAAGCCCGUGACAAAAUAGAGCGCCUGCUUCGAAACAUUGAAGAGCUUCAGGAAACCGACUCAGAUACGCAAUUGCAAGUCCGCCGAGCAGAGAGAGAGCUCCGUGAAGAAAAAGAAAAGUCGUUGCGAUUGGCGCGGGAGUUGGAAGGAUGGAAAGGACUUCGAAUUGAAAGAGGUAGCAAUGUCGGACGGGGUGUCGCCACUUACAGUGAUGCCGGGAGCAGAAAAGGGAGCGGCGCGUUUGGACCAGGUGAAGGGCUACAUCGAAUGCCUAGCAACACCAAAGGCUUCCUGUAA